AUGUCAGCCCCAUCACGACCAACAGCGAAUCGGCUCUACGAUCUCUCUCCCAAUGUCAAAAAGCUCUUAUCCAUUGACACCUUCAAGGGCAACAUGUCAACCGAUGAGUUUAUGGAAAAGAUAUCCAGCGAUCUAAUCAGCCAAACGAAGCAGUAUAGUGGUGCAGCGGCCUUUGACCCAAAGCCUUUCAUUCGAACGUUUGAAAACGUCCUCGAGGAAUUGAAGCAACUGAGAACCCGGGUACAAGAACAAUGCGAUGAAUUGGAAAGCUCUACGCAGGCUGUUGAGCAUCAAUACAAGAAGGAUAUCGCCGACAUGCAAGGUGCUUUCCAGGAUGUUUAUCAUGCUUAUGACAGCUUGGAAACUCGUAUUGGCGACGUGGGUAACACUGCCAUCCGCAUCGGUGAACAACUUGAGACGAUUGACAAGCAACGAUCACGUGCAUCUGAGAGUCGUGAUAUCAUCGAGUACUUUAUGGAAUUUCAAGAAGGCAACUCGGAGCGUCUUAGCUUAUUAUGUGAAGGUGGCGAGGAAGGUCAACUUAAGGCCGCUGUCAUUUGUCGUCGCUUGAAUGCUGUUGCCAAGGAAGUCAAUACAGAUGUGCAGGCAAGAAUUGGGAUCGAAAAGUUCUGCGAGAGCUUUGAAAAGGAGAUGCUUGAAGAUUUCGACCGAGCCUAUCGAGAAGGUGAUGCUCGUGUGAUGGGGCAUCGAGCCAAGGUCCUUUUCGAGUUCAAUGGUGGAGCAUCAUGUGUUCAGAUGUAUGUGAAUCAACACGAGUUUUUCAUGUCAAAUCAAAAGCUUGAAGAAAUGGAGGAGCUCCGGAAAUCCGAAGACAAUUUGGACUUGUCGAAUCCCAAUGUGCCUCCACCAGAAGUAGACACCAGCCUCGUCAAGUUGUAUGAUGAUAUCCGAAUUACGGUUCGCAAAGAAGCUGGGAUCAUCUCUGCUGUUUUUCCUCAACCUGCUACGGUCAUGCAAGUGUUUCUUCAACGCGUGUUUGCGCAAUCGAUACAAAACCAUAUUGAGCUGCUAUUGUCACGAGCUGAGCGCUAUUCACAAUUGGCGUAUUUGCGUACUUUAUCAUCGACCCAUGCCGAAACGAAGCGUCUUGUGGAGAAUCUCAAGUUUUAUUGUUCAAAAGAAGUAUCCUUGAACAGCACGGCGGAUAUGAGUGGCCUUGUCACAGCCGCUUCACCUGAAGAGGCCUUGGAUCGAUGCAUGAAUGAUCUCUUUGUACCUUACACCGAGAGUGAUCGUUACCUUUCACGGGAAAAGCUUUCAUUGAAUGAGCUCUUUGGAAGAAUCAUUGCUGAGUUUUUGAGUUACAUGCAAGAGCGAAAAAAGAAUUCGGCAAGGAAUCAAUCCGUGUUGACACGUACGCUCAAUCAAAUAUCAGCAUCAACCUCAGGCACCAUGUUAGCAGCUACUUCACCUGUUGGAGAACCAGCAUCACCCAAUUCCACCAAUCCAUUUGAAACAGCCGGCCCUGAUUUCCAAAGAAACACCAACACAACCAGUGCCAAUUUGGUCACCGUGGAUGAUGAUGGCUUCAAGCUCUUGUCGCGCGAUGCUAUUAUGCGAAUGCUCAGUAUUCAUGCCGAGGCUAUUGUGCGUUGUGUGGAGCUUACCGAUUCCCAGGAAUUACCAACAUCCAUCCAGUUUCUCUACAGCGUGCUUCUCGAUUUCAUUGGUACAAAAUACCUCGACAUUGCUUUGGACGACGUCAUUGAAGAACUUGGUAGCAAACCGGAACCCGAUACCAGCUGUUUCCCAGUGGUGGCGAACACAACCAAGGUCAUCCAACUCGUGCAAAAGCAUUUCCAGACAGCCAUUGUGCCCCUGGUGGCGAGCGCACCUUCGACUCACAGAAGCAUUCUCGGCAGCAAAAACAAGUUUAUGGGUGCUUUGGAAGGCAAAUCAAACGACGUCUUGCAAAAGGAGUUGGAUGGUAUUACUUCGUGGCUCACAGAGUUGCUAUCACGUCAAAAGCGGAACGACUUUAAGCCAAGAGAUGAGGAUGUUAUCAUGAUGAGCACUGGCACACAGCCUUGCGUGCAAAUUGUCGACUUUAUCACUCGUAUUUAUCGUGCUGCCGUCAAGUCACUACAAGGCAAGAAUCUCGAGACCUUUUUAUUCAAGAUUGGCCAGGAUUUGCAUGCUAUGUUGUUGGAACAUUUUAAAAAGUUCUAUGUGACACCCACGGGAGGAUUGCUUGUUACCAAGGACAUUGCCAAAUAUGAAGAAGUUAUCCAAAUGUUCAAGAUACCCGUCCUCAACGACAUGUUUGAUAUGCUUCGACAGCUGGGCAACAUAUUCUUAGUGAAGCCCGAGAUCCUCCGAUCCAUCUUGUCUGAAGGCUACUUGGCCCGCCUUGAUCCCAGCAUGCUCUAUCCUUACUUGGAGAAGCGCGUUGACUUCAAGAGUGCAAAAUUAGACCGGGUAUUGGGCGUAUCUGUCGAUGAGGCACCUGCACCUACUGAUAGUAAGAGCCAGAGACGUUCACUUUAUGUGAAUGAGAAUACAGUGAUCAAAGAGAUGCGCAAGAACAUUACCAACCGUGAUUUUCUUAAUCAGGAGUAUAUGGCUAUGUUUCAGAAAUAG